UUCACCUACUGCUGGCAUGACGACAUCAUGCAGGCUAUCUUUCACAUAGCCACACUGAUGCCAAACAGAGAGAGCGACAAAGGCUGCUGCAACAAGAAGCGUCACAUUGGCAACGAUUUUGUCAUGGUUGUAUACAACGACUCUGGAGAGGAGUACAAACUGGGCACCAUAAAGGGUCAGUUCAACUUUGUAGAAGUCAUCAUAAAACCUCUCGACUUUGAAUGCAACCUGGUCACCCUCCAGUGCCGCAAAGACCUGGAGGGGUUGGUGGACACAACCGUGGCAAAAAUUGUCUCCGACCGCAACCUUCCUCUUUUAGUCAGACAAAUGGCUCUGCAUGCGAAUAUGGCCUCUUUGGUGCACCAGUACAGAGCCAACCCUUCAGAUGCUUAUGCCUCUAAGUGGUUAGCGAGAUUACGACACAUUAAGAGGAUCCGGACCAGGGCUCAGGAGGACAUUCAGUCUCGUUCGACGCCCGGCAUCUCGCUGACUCAAGGACACACUCAGCAGAACAAGUCAUUUCAGCAGAGCACUCAAGCAGCAAACCCCGAGGCCUCAGGGCAGAGGAAAAGACUUGUAUCAACAGUGGAUGAUUUCACUGAUUUUGUUUGAUUACAUUUGUUGUCCUGGUAAACACACACACGCGCACGUGCACACCUGCCUUAGAGCUGAGGUGACUGUAUUUUCACCUCUUGGCGUGGAAGAAUUCAGGAGGACACACUGAUUUUGACUUCAACAGAUUGGUACUUUGUAUUGGAAGAAUGAGGAGGUAUUACAAAGGCAUAUUUUGUGACGAAGUAUUGAUAUGCAAAGACUAAUUUCUGCAUAUUUUUCAAAACUUUUGAAACGCUAAUGCUUUGCACUUUUGAGAACUAAUCGUAAUGUUUCUGAUGUGCAACAUGAGAUGAGCAAAGUUGUACACACACUACAUUUGAGAGCAGGAUGUGUUUGUAUGUAAAUACAUGUGUGCAAUAAAAAGGAUUGAUGUUUGGAUUCA